AUGAUAUUUCUUUGCAGCGGAAUCACCCUGUGCCAAAUAACAUAUGAUGUUUUCGACAUUAUUAUAUAUAUAGUUUUUGUCUAAAGUUCAUAAUAACUGAAAUAUUUCGGAGAUGUCCAGACUACUGUUUUCGGCGCGAAGAUUACUGCCACAGCAAGACUUUUUGCUUGCCGGCUCAUGCAUUUCAACGCAUUCGCGAAGCAAGGCCUCAACUCCAAUGAACACAAUAGUCAUGUUUGUGCCACAACAAGAGGCCUGGGUUGUAGAGAGAAUGGGAAGAUUUCAUAGAAUUCUUGAUCCCGGGCUCAACAUUCUGGUGCCCGUCGCUGAUAAAAUUAAGUAUGUGCAGAGCUUAAAGGAAAUUGCGAUAGAUGUUCCCAAACAGAGCGCCAUCACUUCCGAUAACGUAACGCUCAGCAUCGAUGGCGUUCUUUACUUGCGCAUUAUUGAUCCCUAUAGAGCUUCCUAUGGCGUUGAGGAUCCAGAAUUCGCAAUAACUCAAUUGGCGCAAACGACGAUGCGAUCGGAGCUUGGCAAAAUGUCAUUGGACAAGGUGUUUCGCGAAAGAGAAUCCUUGAACGUAAGCAUUGUGGAUUCCAUAAAUAAAGCCAGUGAAGCUUGGGGCAUCGCCUGUCUGCGUUAUGAAAUACGUGACAUUCGCCUACCAACUAGAGUUCAUGAGGCGAUGCAAAUGCAAGUGGAAGCCGAGAGAAGAAAAAGAGCAGCAAUUUUAGAGUCCGAGGGAGUCCGUGAAGCUGAAAUCAAUAUUGCAGAGGGUAAACGAAAGUCAAGGAUUCUAGCCUCUGAGGCCGAACGUCAGGAGCACAUUAACAAGGCUAGCGGCGAGGCAGCUGCUAUGAUCGCCGUGGCAGACGCUAGAGCUCGUAGUCUGCAAGCUAUAGCAAAAUCUCUGGCGAAUACGGACGGUCAAAGUGCUGCCUCUCUAACUUUGGCUGAACAGUACAUCGAAGCUUUUAAGAAAUUGGCAAAAACGAAUAACACAAUGAUAUUGCCAUCGAAUCCUGGAGACGUUACCGGAUUUGUUGCACAAGCGAUGGCUGUCUACAAUCAUGUCUCUAAACCGAAUAACAAUUCGCUUUCACCAAUCAUUAAUGAGUGCGUCAAUACGAAAACUGAGUACAAAUCGGUUAAUGAAGAAAAAGCGGCUGCAAAAAUUAAUAUUGAAUAAAACCAAGUUAUUACAAAUAACUUAAAAUCUAGACUUAAGUGAUUACUAUAGGGAUCAAAGCUGAAAAACGUUCCUCAUUUAUUGCGAAGGAAAAAUUUAUGAAAGCAUUUAAAAUCUUAAUUAAGUUUUAGAAACGUUUCGCUGUCUACAAGUCUAAAAAUGUCUUCGCGAAAAUGAAGUAAAUUCUCGUUGAAGCAAUUGGUGCUUUCGAUAUGUAAUUUCGCCAUUACAGGUUUAAUAUUUUCUAUUUUUGCUUCAUUUGCCAAUUCCGUAAAGUAGUGCAUCUACAAGAAAUAUUUGCAAUUAGUCAAAAAUCUAAUUUUAUGUAUGUGUUAAUCGUAUCUUACUUGAUUCUCCCCAAGCAUGUGCGCUUGUCGUUUCUUGUAUCCCGCUUGCCAGCGUUUAUUCAUGGUUUCAACUGUAUUUUCUAGCAUUUCUUGAGUAGAAGGCAACUUAUUGGACCCAUAGAAGUAGCUCAAUACGAAGCGUGCUUGCAAGUCCAUCAUUUGCGCUGCGCAUACGUAGAAGGGGAGACCUAUUAUUGCCAUUGUUGGAUUGCGUAUAUUAAUGCAUUGUUUAUAGAGCAUUUGGACAUAAUUGUCUUCGACGUAGAUUCCUGUCGUUACACUCAAAAACGGAAAUGCGUAUUUAUAACCAGUGCAGUAGAAUAUAGUGUCAAAAUUUUCAUAAGAUCCAUCAACAAAAUGCGCCCCAUACUCAUCCAAUUCCUUGACAUCAGGUUUGGUCGCAACGUUUUUCAAAAAUAUCGAAUUUGAAAUACCAACCGCAUGAUGGCUGAGCGUCACGUGUUUGGCCGAUUUCGAUAUAAUAUUCGAUAAGUCUAAGGCGCUUGGUCCUCCGCCAAUGACAAGAACAG